AUAAAAGCGAGCGCACUACUACCACUCUGACAUAGUUCACGACACUCCACGUACCACGUCGCUGCCGCACGUCACCACACAUACACAACAAUGAGGCUGCUGGUCGUGAUUUCUGCACUCUUGGCCCUUACGACGGCUCUUCCACAAAGAAGAGUAUCGUUGAAGCCUGAUCAGGAAAUCGAAGAUCAACAACCGGCGGAACAGAAUUACAACAAUUACCAACAGCAGCCUCAGGAGUACAGACAGGCCAAGGCCGUCGAAGACUUCAGGCCCAAGGUGCAGCUAGACACUACCACCUUCAUCCCCAUCAUCCGCUUCGACAAAGAACAGGGAACUGAUGGAAGCUACAAGACUGCAUACGAAACUGGUAACAACAUCCAGGCUCAAGAGGAAGGUUUCCUGAAGAAUGUUGGCGAGAACCAGGACACUCCUGCCCUUGUGCAGCAUGGUUCUUACACCUACACCGCCCCUGACGGCCAGGUCAUCACCGUUGAGUACACCGCCGACGAGUUCGGAUUCAGAGUAUCUGGUGACCACAUCCCCACUCCACCCCCAGUUUCCCCUGAAAUCCAGAAAGGUCUUGACUUGAUCUACGCUGGAAUUAAGGCUAACCAGGAACGCGCCGCCGUCGAAGCUAAGAACAAUCCUGAGGCCGCUAGACAACAAGAGGAGAAGGCCGCCUUGGACUACAAGGGACAAUACUACCAGCAAUAAAUCAAAGGAACAACAUAGAUUCUGUUAUAAGAAUCAAACACCACGUGUUCAACUGGAUUCAACACUGCCAUUUAUCAACAAGACAAAAAAUACACUUGUCACAUUUAAAACAGGAGACUGACUAGCCUGUAUAAUUGUUGUAGGGGCCGUAUAUCGCCUACAAUAUGGCUCAUUCAUAAAAUCUCGUAUUUGAUAAAUAUAAUACAAAUUUAACUAAAAUACCGGGAGACCGCCAUUUUAUAAAGAACAUUUCAGUUGCCCUAUAUGGGUCUCGAAAUAUUUUUUACAAAACACAAACUGUUGAAGUUUACUUCGUAGGCUUUAAAUUUAGUUUAGAUUAUACACAAUCAAUAUUUUUAAGGUUUGAAAUACUCAAAGUGGAACGGUUUUAUAAAAGACGUGUGAAUUCAAAAAAACAUAGCGCUUAGUAGGUACUUCUAAACUUCUAAAUAAAUAGAGUACUUACUUGUUAGUAGAUAUUGUUGAAAAUAAUUCACUGAUUGUAAGUCCACCUAAGAAUUUCGUAUUUUCAUAAGUCUGUAAAACGAACACUUUUAUAAAGCUGUGACCGAACCCUAAAUACGAAAGCGUUUUACCUUUGUACUUAUUUUAUAUACUUUUGUAAAUACCUUAUUAACUUAUGUUAUAUUUCGUAAUAAAACGUUGUAUGUACGAGUA